CAGACAAAUGUAGUGAAGUAGAAAGUACAAUAUUUACCUCUGAGAUGCACAAGGAGUACUUACAUUCUCACUCAGGAUUAAAUCUGUGUAGGUUCCACCAACACCAAAACAAUACUUUUUUCAAUAACUUACUCCAGAUAUAUGAACAUGGUUUACAUAUAAUAAAAGAUGCUAAAAGUUCUCAAUUCUUAAAUAUUAUACAAACACAAGCUUGUCUGUCUGCUCUUUGGUGUUGUGGAGGUAGUGUACAGUGGGUUUAUCAGAAAACAGCUGCUGGAAACAGACACUAAAAUCAAACAAAAAGUGGCUGAGUGUAAAGGAUCAACAAUUUGUUGGAAUCAAGAUGCACAUGAUAAGAGAAAGAGGCUCAGUGCUUGUUGUCCAUGUAACCUAACAAUAUGUCCCGUUCUUAUUUGUCAGGUGACACUUGAAGUUUGCCACCAUGUCGUCCAAAAAGAAGCCGGACGGCGAUGACCGCUUCCUCCGGGUGCAGAAGGAUCCCAGGUUCUGGGAAAUGCCUGAGAGAGAACGCAAAAUCAAGAUCGACAAGCGUUUCCAGUCCAUGUUUCACGACGACCGCUUCAAGGUGAAGAACACGGUGGACAAACGAGGCCGGCCCAUCACCCAAACCUCCACGGAGGACCUGAAGCGCUUCUACAAACUCUCUGACUCAGAGGACGAGGAGGACGUGAAGAGCAAGAAGUCAGCAGAGGGCAAGAAAAAGAAAAAAGGGAAGGAGAAGCUGGUGAAGCUGGUGAAGGCUGACGGAGAGGCCAAGAGAGGAGAAGCAGUGCAGAGAAGAGAUGUUGAGGGAGAGGAGGCUGAACGAGGCGUCAGAGUGGUUGAAGAGGAAGAUAAAAAGGACGAGGUGAAGAAAUCUGCAGAGGAUGAUGAUGAUGAUGAUGAUGAUGUUGACCUGGGAGACAGUGUAACAGACGACAGUGAAGAUGAAUAUGACGAUGAUGAUGCAGAUGAUGCAGAUGCAGAAGAAGAGAGCGAUGUGGGGAGUGGCUCAGAUUCGGAGGAGGAGUCCGGGCUGGAUUCAGAGGACAGUGACAGCGAACCGGAUCUGGCCAGAGGUAAAGGAAACGUAGAGACCAGCUCGGAUGAAGACGACGACGAUGUGGACGCCAUCUUGAAGAAAGAGGAAGAGGAUAUCGAGCACGACUGGGGAGAGCUGGCCAAAGACGCCCAGCGGAGCGACGAGGUUUCUACCCGACUGGCCGUCUGCAACAUGGACUGGGACCGGAUCAAAGCCAAAGACCUGCUGGCUCUGCUCAACUCCUUCAUACCUAAAGGAGGAGCCGUGCUGUCUGUGAAGGUCUACCCGUCAGAGUUUGGGAAGGAGAGGCUGAAGGCGGAGGAGACUCAGGGACCGCUGGAGCUGAGAGCUCUGCCCGAUGACUCGGAGGACGACAACGAGGAGGAGAAAGGUUACAGGGAGAAGAUGCGUAACUACCAAUUCAAGCGGCUGAAGUAUUUCUACGCCGUGGUGGAGUGUGACUCGGCCGACACCGCUGCUAAAGUCUACCAGGAGUGUGACGGCUACGAGUACGAGAGCAGCUGCUCCGUCCUGGACCUCCGGUUUAUUCCCGAUGAAGUCAAGUUUGACGAGGAGCCCCGAGACGUGGCGACGGACGUGAACCUCUUGGCCUACACGCCCAAACAGUUCACCUCCUCUGCAAACGCAACAUCAAAGGUGCAGCUGACGUGGGACGAGACGGACAACGACCGCGUGACCGCCCUGAACAGGAAGUUCAACAAGGACGAGCUGCUGGCCAUGGACUUCAACGCCUACCUGGCCUCCUCCAGCGGAGAAGAGGAGGAGUGCGAAGAAGGGCGCUUUGUGUUUGGAGAGCAGGAGAGUGAAGACGACGACGUCACGACAGCAGAGGCGAAACAGACAGAGGAGCCCGUCGUGGGGAAAAAACUGCAGAAGGAAGAGAAGAAGAAGAAAGGCGAGCAGCAGAUCUCCAAGUACAGAGAGCUGCUGAAAGGCAUCCAAGUGAAAGAGAAGAAGCUGCACGAGGACAGAGACAUGGAGAUCACCUGGGUGCCAGGACUGAAGGAGACGACGGAGCAGCUGGUGAAGAAGAAGCUGGAGGGAAAGGAGAAGCUGACGCCCUGGGAGGGGUUCUUGCAGAAGAAGAAAGACAAGAAGAAGCAGAAGAAGUCUCAAAGCAAAGAGGGAGAGGAUGAGGAGGAGCUCAGUGACGAAGACCUUCCUCCAGACGUCGAUCUCAGUGACCCCUUCUUCGCCGAGGAGCUCGCCGCUACAGACAUGAAGAAGAAACAGAAGUGGGGGAAGAAGAAGAAGCAGAAGGAAGAGGAGCGGACAGCCGAGGAGGCAGAGGAGCUGGAGAAACAAAAGGCAGAGAUAGCUCUGCUGAUGGAGGACGACGGCAACGAAGCCAAACACAAACACUUCAACUACGACAAGAUCGUGGAGCAGCAGAACCUGAGCAAGAAGAAGAGGAAGAAGCUGCUGAAGAAGGGCGAGGAGCCGGCGGAGGGCGACCAAUUCCAGGUGGACGUUAAAGACACUCGUUUCCAGGCCAUGUUCACCUCCCACCUGUUCAACCUGGACCCGUCCCACCCCAACUACAAGAAGACCAACGCCACGCAGAGCAUCCUGGUUGAGAAGCAGCGCAGACGAGGGGAGGAGGAGGAGCGGCGGCGGACGGAGGACGCGCUGAGCACCGAGGCUGGCAAACAGGAAGUGGAAAAUGACUCUAGCGCUCCGGCGGAAGAGGGCACCUCGAAGAAAUCCAUGGACCCCGGUUUGUCUCUGCUCAUCAAGUCCAUCAAAAGCAAAACGGAGCAGUUUCAGGCUCGGAAGAAGCAGAAGCUCAUGUAGGUUUGACUCACUGUCACAAGAAAGCGGACCGAGACUCUGGUUCAACACGGUCUCCGCUCACCUUCUCCUGAUGCACCGACGUGUUUGUAGAGGACCAAUACCACGAGAUGAGGAAUCAAGCACGAUGUUUUUAGUAAAAACUGAAUCCUGCUGCAUCAGAUCAUGUUGAAAUGUUUUGUUACACAGAAAAUCAGUUUAGUGAAAACAUUCUUCAGUCCUUGUAGAUAACGGAUCGAUUGAGCCUCAUGCAAGAACAAGAAGCACAACAGAUUCCUCAAUUUAAUAUUCAGAUUGUUUUUUCUUAAGUUCGUGUGGUUCCGACCCGUCAGACGUCAGAGGGAGAGGUUUUGUUUGCAUAUUCUGACAGCCUCUUAAUUCUUAAUCCUCGUCUCCUGUAGUUCAACAGAGCGAGACGUCUUCUCUCUACGCCACGUCAGUUUCACGAGUCGCAUUCUUCCCGUUAUACUUUCAUAUCAAAUCAUAUUUUUUAACCAGGACCUCCAGUAUUCGGAUCAAGUAGCUUGAUUUAGGAGCUGCAGCUGUCAUCAGUGUGUCAGAUGCACAUUUAAGUAAAAAAUAAGGAGACAUCAAAUGUUGAAAGACUCACAUGGACAUCCCCAUCAUUCCUUCUUUGUUUCCUUCCAUGACAGCAGUGCUAUUAAUAUCUUCAAACCGUUUCCAACAUAUUCAGAAUAACACUUUGGUCCACUAAUGCGACGGCUGGCGAUGUUAAUUCAUCAUGUUUUCGUCCGCUGACAUCAGACUUGAAGUAUUUACUCACAUUUUUGUGAAUAAAACUUGCCACAAUUGGAUCACAUCGUGGAAGCUUUGUUUGGCAAUUGAAUGGGUUUAGAUCAGGCUGACGAGGAAACUUCAAGAACCCACACGUCCUCAUUAAUCGGGCUGAAACGAGUCAGUUUGUUGAAAUGGACUUGGAGCGCUCAUAAAAGGUUUAGGAUAUGAAACGCUCUUGCAUGAGGCCCAUUAUCUGUUGAUUUAAUUAAUGUUAGAUUGGUCCUUAGAUUUGACAAAACAUAAUGUAUACGUAACAUCAGACAGAAAAUAUAACUUUCUUCACA